AUGAGCACCGAUGAUCCAGUCGGAGUGCAAAAACGAUUCAAGCACCGCUCGUACCAAGCCCAGGUCAAAGACGUCCAUUUACCAUCGCCACUCGCGCAAAAUGCAGCAGACCAGCCAUUAUCGGACAACGAGUCCCACUUCCAACUCGCGCUCGACCAUUGGAAACAGCUAAACCUUUCGCCUGCCUUUCUCCAGUAUGCAAAAAAGACAGAACAGCUUGCUGCAUCUCUUCCUCUUCUGCUUCACAACUGGCAGCUUGUUGUGGAUCUAUGGAUAGAAGCCAUGGCAGAGGCAGACCUCGAAUCAAAGCAGCCGUUACUUGAUCUCAUGCAAAAACUCCUCCAUGAUCUUCGGACAACCCUCAUCCCAAAAUUUGAAUCUAUUUGGGAUACGCUACUCGCACAGGCAACGCGUCUACUUUCACCGUCCACACUCGAGACGUACACACAAACUCUUUCUGCAUGUCUGAAGCAUCUCCUUCUCCCUACCCCCAGUCUCGCCUCCUUUACAUGGGAUGCAUUGAGCGCAACGAUGAAAAAAUGUCGUCCUGACAUACGAAGACUACUAGCAGAAGUCUGGGGUACCACACUGCGCAAAUUCAAGUCGGAACAAAAGCGCCAUGCCACCGACGCGCUUGUUGGCUCACUGGACACACUUUCAGAUACUAUCGCAUGGAUAUACAUCAUAAGCGUUCGAUCAACAUCUUUGACACUGCAUACUGCUGCUUUACCGCUACUCGAAUUGUUAUUGGAGAAUGCCCUCGUUGCAGACGAUUUCGAGCCCAUUUACAAGCUCGUGCGACGGGUGUUGACCGCAACGAUGCAUUAUUGCUCCGUCGAGUCUUUUCAACCCAUCACGAACAUCUUUGUCUCGCGCAUACACGCCCUCGCGGAGCCAUUUGACGAAAAGCGAACACAGAGGUUGCUUCGCAUAUCAUUGGUGAUAUUCGCGUUUCGCAAGGGUAAGCAGGCAGAAGCAAUGGCAAACACCGAUCAACUUGCAUCUGUGCUCUCCAAGCUGUCUUCAUUCCCGCUUACCUUAUCUUUGAAAAGAGAUGUUGCUGCCAUGAUCGUAGCAUGUUUGAAAGGCGGAGAGCUUGCACUCUGGGUACGAGGUCGCUCCGCUCUGGAGCAUAUCUGGAAGGAUGUAGAGGCCGGUUACUGGGUAGCAGAGGCACUCUCGGCUCUUGACCAGUCUAAGGGUUGGAGAUCGUUCAUCCUACCACAGGUCCAAAAGGUUACUGUUGCGCACAUCGCCUCACAUUCAGCCGCUACCUUGAGACUCUUGCGCAUGCUGCGAUCCAGAAAUCUUGCGCGCGAGAAAUUGCUGGACGAAUGGAAGCUCAACGAUAAAUCCUCUAUUCAGCUUCACCACAUUCUCGCCCUCGUCCCACAGCUGCCAUCUCUUGCACCCUCCAUCGCAUCCAUUGUCGACAACAUUGUUUCUUUGGAUGUGAAUCCAAUUCAAAACUAUAUGGAAACGGCUGCCAACGCCUCGUGGUUCUUUGGAUCCUGCCUGCUCGUCUUGGGCGAGAUGGACGAGUUACCCCCUGAUUCCAAGGUCGACGUAUGGCUACAGCAUGCAUUGACGCACUAUAGCUGGAGCUCGCCGGUACUUGAAGGAGUAGCCAGCUUAGCAAAGCACGCUGCAAACCCAAUCAAUUUUGUGGAUGCCUUCGAAAUGCUCAAAGCUUCUGUCAUGUCUCACGUUGGGGCGUUGCGAUACAAUGCCCUGCGCAUUCUUGCUUCUGACCUUGUUGUGCGAGACUCGUCGCAAGACCUUGCAGUGACCGCAUGUCUUCAAGCCGAAGAGGUUGAAAUCUCUGCAACACGGGCCCCUGAACGAGUACUGAAGACGGGGAAAGUGGGCAAUGCAGCCCCGGUCGGACAGUCUGCCGGCGCCGCAGAACUUUGCAUUCGUUGGCUCGUUGGUCAGUUCAAGGUCAACCUCAUGCCAGUGUGGAAAGCGACUUCGCAGGCCUUGAUCGAUGUAGCGAAUCGGUCGAGCGAAGAGUUAUGGGAUAUCAUGGGGCCAGAGAUACAGGCGAUCUUUGCAGGGGCCCUGCUCCAGGAUCGUCCCACAUGGAUUGUAGAGGACGAGGACGAUCGGGAAGUGCAAGAAGAAGAGAAGACGUGGCGCAAUCCUGGGCUACAAGAAACUCUAGAGGCGAUGAAAGGCGCAAUUCAAGAGGACGAAGCUCAGGUCAUCUCCGAGAGAAUCGACGUGGAGAACUACGAGAAGCAACUUCUCAAGACCCUCGAAGGAUGCUCAUCGCUUGCGGAACGACAUAACCGCGAACUCAUCCCACUGUUCCUUUCGUUCGUCUCUCCAAGUGGCGCCAAGAAAGCAUCAGGACACAAUCUCGCAUCAUGGUUAUCUCUUCUAUCCAAGUUCAACAAUCCGAGGGCGGUCGUCUCAGCGGACGAACUUCGCGCGACGUAUAUCUCCUUGCUCUCCCAUCCCGAUCGCCAUCUCCAAACCCUUGCUGUCGAUUGUAUGCUUUCAUACAAGAGCAAGGCGCUUACUACGCAUAAGGAUACUAUCCGAGGCCUGCUCGAGGAUAGUCAAUGGAAGGAGCACCUUACUGGACUUGAUCUGGGAUCGACAGUGCAGCCGUCUGAAAGAGAAGAAUUUGUCGAAUUUCUGAUUCGACUGUUCUACGGAAUGAUGCGUGAACGACGAGGACGGAACAAGUUGCAGGAACGACGGACAGCUCUCAUCAAUUCCUUGCGACAAUGUCACGACUCGGAGCUCGGGACGCUUGUUCAUCUUAUGCUGGAGCCAUUUGAAAUGGCAGAUUUCAUGGCUAUUGAUGGAGGGUUGCAAGUUCGACCCCUCCCAGCUUCGAUGACUAGCAAGCAGCAAGUUGGGUUCCUAGUUCUGCUCGCAGAGGUUGAUCGAAUCCUCGGCGUCAAGCUUACUGCGUACAUCUCGGGUCUUCUCCACGCAGUCACGAUGAUUGUUGCAAACGCACAAAAAGUUCUAGAAGAGAAUCGACAAGUCAUCGAAGAGGACCAGGACGAAAGAGACGGAGACAAUGAGGACGAGAAUAUACUAGAAGAUGUUCCUGGACAACUUCCUCUCAAGGUCGCUCGAAAUCUUCGACAACUGGGGAUCAAGCGCUUCACAGAUCCAUUCCGCCUUCCUAUCGAAUACGACUUUCGCCCGUUCCUACCGACUGCCUUUUCCGCGUUUAUUUCCUGCCGUCUACCGGCUUUCGAACAAGAGAACUCUCAAUCACCCUCCUCGCUCAUGGAACUGUUCCAUGUGUGGAGCACUCACCCGUCAUAUGCUGCAUUUUUAGCGGACUACGACUCACGAGUCUUGCCCAAGAUCUAUGGCUGCCUCAUCACGCCAAAUGUCAAGCCAGUGGUCAUCAUGCGUGUAUUUGAUAUUGCCGAGAACAUCUUCGCACAUGCCACCACAGAGCAGCUUAUCGUGGAAGCCCUUGUGCAGCCGCAUACAUCCAUCCUCAUCGACAACCUCACCGUCAUGAUACAGGAGAGUGCAAAGACGGGUGCGGUCACAUCCAACGUCUCGCAUAGGCAAAUAUCUGUUCUGCGCAUGAUCUCCGAUCAUGUGCGAGAUGUCUCUCAAGCGAUAGGCUUGCUGAAGCUCCUCCUACCCCUUCUUCGCAAACCUUCUAGCAAGGUCAACGAGAGUGCAAAGGUGGACCUAUUGCAAGUGGUCGCACGGCUUGUAUUAUUGCUACCUAUGGAGAACCCAGAGACGACCACUUUGACCACCGCCACGUUCGAGCAUGUCUCGCAGCUUUUGCAAACCCUACGAGGUCGAGCUGCCCGUACGUCGGCCACUAAAGUGUUCACUGCUCUCGGGGCCAAGGAUCCACAGAUGGAGAAACUGUCAUCUGUGAUCGAGGCCUUGAAUUCUUUCGACCCGCGUCGGCCAGAGGAACCCGACUUUGAUCGGCGAAUGGACGCGUUUACCCUCCUAAAUGAGGAACUAUACCUCCACUUCACAGUAUCUCAAUGGACUCCUAUCCUGCAUAAUAUGCUCCAUUUCAUUCACGAUCAGAACGAGCUUUCUAUCCGAACCAAUGCGGCAUUCUCGAUGAGACGAUUCAUCGAGAGGAUGGAAAAGGUCAAUACGACCGAGUUUCAACGACUCUUUGGUCGUGUGCUUCUGUCCGGGCUGAAGGGUGGCCUCCGUUCCAAGCACGAGGUUGUCAGGACAGAACUCAUUUCCGUUCUUUCUUAUGCAAUCAAACAAUGCCCAACGCUUCCGAGCCUCGAAGAUAUGACACCCCUUCUCGCCAACGGAGAUGAAGAGGCCAACUUUUUCAACAAUGUUGCCCACAUCCAGAUUCAUCGUCGCACCCGUGCACUGAGAAGACUUGCCGAAUUUUGUGAUCAAGGGCAACUGCGAUCCUCCACGCUAUUCGAGAUAUUCGUCCCAAUCGUUGGUCACUACAUAGGGGAGGAGAACCACGACCAUCUUUUGGUCAAUGAGGCCAUCACCACUCUCGGCCACAUAUCUCGACAGCUCAUUUGGAGUCGCUAUUACAGUCUAGUUCAGCGAUACUUGAAGGCGGUGAAGGACAAGAAGUUGCCCGAAAAAGCUGCGAUUCGUACCGUCGUCAUUAUCCUGGACAGCUUUCACUUCAGAAUGGAGGAGGAUGUCCCUGAGCCUGUUCAAGAGGAGGAAGAUGGCGACGAGGAAGGGGCUGAAGAAAUCGUGCAGUCGGUCCCAGAAACAAAGAUUGCUGAUGCCGUCAACGGACGUCUUCUCCCUGCCUUGCUCAACUUUAUGGAGAAACGAGAGGAAACGGAAGAUACUCUUCGCUUGCCUAUGGCCGUUGGGGUAGUCAAGGUCGCACUGCACCUCCCCGCCGAGAAACAACGUGCACAGAUCACCCGGCUGAUCACCAUUGUCAGUCAAGCCUUACGCAGCAAGUCGAGCGAGACAAGAGACACAGCAAGAGAGGUCCUCUGCAAGGUUCUAGUCUCUACAGGCCCCUCUUAUCUCCCCGUUAUUAUCAAGGAGUUGCGUGUGGCUCUGACUCGAGGACCGCAGUUGCAUAUUCUUGCGGUGACAUGUCAUUCGCUUAUCCACCAUAUCACCUCCGAUGCUGGAUUAGCCAACACCGAUGGAAUCUUGGACGAAGUUGCGGCUAGCGUCGCGGAAGUGUCGGCGGAGGUCAUCUUUGGGCAAUCAGGGAAGGACACGCAAGGAGGAUUUCAAGACAAAAGAUUCGGGAACCAACGUCUGCUACCGCUGAAGUCGAUCAUGUACGAGACACAGGCUGCCAAGGUGAUGCAGCUUGUCGACGAGACUCUAAAACGUCUCUCGAGUGGACUAAACAGCAAUCCCUCCCUGGACCCAAACGCACUACUCUCCCUCUGUCAUACGUUGAUCAGCCAAAACGCCAAAUUCCUCCAGGAGAAACCAGAGCUGAAUCGCAAAGGGAAGAAAAACGAUUACGUCGUGCAGACAAAACGAGACCUACCUCAGGCCACGAAGCACUACGCACACAACUCGUAUCGAUUCACCGUGCUUGGACUAGAUCUGUUGACGGUCGCAUUUCGUCGCAACAGGUUCGACUUUCAUGAUGAAGGCAUCAUUUCUCGCCUGGAACCACUUGUCAGUUUGAUCGGGAAUACGCUCUAUUCCUCGGCAACAGCAGUGGUAAUCAAUGGCUUGAAAGCGAUCUCAUCCAUUGUUAAGGCACCUCUGAAGUCUGUACCGAAGUCACUGCUUGUUAUCACCCGACAGCAGGUCAACAUUAUACGACAAUCUGGUAGCGCAGAAUCAGAGGUGGCGCAGGCCGCGCUCAAAUCUCUGGCCACUACCCUUCGAGAGUGUCCGUCGGCCCAGCUCAAAGAACAGGACCUUCAGUUCCUCCUCGAGUUUAUGGUACCAGACCUUGAAGAGCCUGAGAGACAAGCUUCUGUGUUUGCACUCUUGCGCGCUAUCAUCCAACGCAAGUUGGUCGUCCCAGAAAUCUACGACAUGAUGGACAAGAUUGCGAACAUCAUGGUGACCAGUCAGUCGACACAAGUGCAGGAAGUGUGUCGCGGGAUCAUGCUCCAGUUUCUACUCGAUUACCCGCAAGGCAAGGGACGGCUUCGAAAGCAGAUGACCUUCCUGGCGAGUAACCUCAGCUACGUGUAUGAGCCAGGAAGGAUCUCUGUCAUGAUCCUGCUCGAUGCAGUCCUCCUCAAAUUCGAUUCUUCUCUCCUCUCUGAAUUCAUUGAUCUCUUCCUUGCGGCCCUGGUCAUGGUCUUGGCAAACGACGAGUCGACCGUGUGCAAGGAAAAGGCGUCAGGACUCGUCAAGAAGCUCUACACCGUUAUGAGCAACGAAGAAAGGCAGAAGACGCUCGAACGAGUCCAUGCUUGGGCUAGUCAGACCACUCAAGCAUCGCUCACCGGCGUCGCUUUCCAGGUUUACGGGCUUGCCGCCCAAGUCGCGAUCGAUAACAUCGCCCAAUACCUCGGCACUAUUGUUGAGGAUAUCAACCAUGCCAUUGAGACUGCUCUGGAGCGAUAUGAGUCGCUCGUGACGCAGGAUACGGAUGCAAUGGAUGUCGACUUGGAUUGGCAAGUCCCAUAUCAGGCGCUUGGGUUGCUCUCCAAGCUCUCCAAGGCGUUCAUCGACAACGAGAGCCAAAGGACUCUACAAACGGAGAUCGCUUGGGAGACGAUAGUCGACUUGAUGCUCUUCCCUCAUGCUUGGGUCAGAGCAGCCGCAUCCCGCCUGCUCGGGUCCUUCUACGCGUGGAAAAUAUCUUUUGGCCACCAAUCCGACUCGCAUCCAGCCUCACGCGCUGGCAUGAUCACCGUGGCCACCAAUUCCUCGAUUCAAUUGCGGAGCGAGCAUCUCGAUCAACCUUUCGCUCUUCAGAUCGUCAAAAACCUCGUCUUUCUAGGAAAGACAUUCUAUGGCACUCUAGAUGCGACUCAAAAUGCAGAAGAUGAUUCUGAGGACGAGAGUGAAGAUGAUGAAGGAGGCGAGAACGAAAGGGGAGAGCUGUCAAAGUUGGAGCGUAUCAAGCGAGCACCCUUACCUUGGCUCUUCUCCAAACUCUCCUAUCAAGUCCGAACCGCUCACCUCAAGCGUCGGAACACGUUUGCUGCUUCUAAGAAGUGGCAUCUGGAACCCCUCUCAGUCUUGCAAUGGUUCGCGGCCAUGGUCGCGCAUAUGGAAGCGGAGGAUUUGGAGCGUUUCUUGAAUCACGUGUUGACUCCGGUGUAUCGCUUGUUGGAAGACGAUACGAUACGUGACGCUGGCAUGGGUAAACGACUCGUCCUCGAAAAGUUGCUUUGGAUUGACAUUCUAGCAGAUGAAGUGAAACUGGUGGCACAAGAGCUGCAAGAUCUUGUCCAGAGCAAGGUCGGCAUCACCAAGUUUACGGCCGCGUACGGGCAAAUCCGACAAGGUGCUCUGAACGUCCGACGGGAGCGCAAAGUCGCCCGCGCGAUGCAGGUCGCAUCUGAUCCUCAAGCAGCGGCAAAGAGACAGCUACAGCGGAAUAUGGCGAAGAAGGAAAGCCGCAAACGCAAGUCGCAGGCAUUCAGAGAGCACAAGGUCUCUAACUAUCCUUCCAAAAAACGACGCGUGGAAUAG